AUGGAUCCUCAAAGGAGGUUGGGAAUUUAUAUUGGAUUUGAAUCUCCAUCAAUUAUUAAAUAUUUAGAGCCAUUAACUGGAGAUUCAUUCACGGCUCAUUAUGUCGAUUGUCAUUUUGACGAAAUGACAUUCCCAACAAUUAAAGGGGAAAAUAAAAGGCUAGAACAAGAAAUUAUCUGGCGUGAGUUAUCAUUAUCUCACUUUGAUCCUCGUACAAAGCAAUCUGAAUUUGAAGUUCAGAAGAUUAUUCGCUUGCAAAAUUUAGCAAAUCAAUUGCCAGAAGCUUUUAUUGACCAAAAGAAAGUGACUAAGUCAUGCAUUCCAGCUGCUAAUGCUCCAAUUAGAAUUGAUGUUCCUGAAGGACAUCCAAAGAUUAUAAAUGAGCCUAAAGUGCAAGUGAAACGUGGUAGACCAAUCAGUUCCAAAGAUAAAAAUCCUUGA